AGACAUUCAAGGGAUACGUGGCUGGGCGAUUGCUUUGGUUGUCACAUUUCACUUCUUUCCUGCUUAUUGCCCGAAUGGAUAUGUUGGAGUAGAUAUAUGCGACGAAUGAUACGCAUUCCGCAGUAUGCUAUAUAAGCCGCCACCGAGAGCACAAGGGGGAAUUUUGUACCACGCCUCGAGGAGUCGAGCUAGCGACCGCCGACUGGCUGCCCAAGCUACCCCUCCACUGUUACAGGCUGAUGCCUGCCCGACCAGCAACUCAAUGUCCAUGUUGUUAUAUUUGAUU